AUGAUGCGUCUUUCGCCAUUCUUCGCCCUCCUCGGAUGCGCCCUGUCGGCGGUGGCGGCACCCUCGGCCCCCACUGCAGCGGCGGCGCUCCCGACGUCGACCGCGAAGGUCUCUGGGUUGCACGCGCUCGCGAAGCAAGCCGGGAAGCUCUACUUCGGCACUGCGACGGACAACGGCGAGCUGACGAACCAACCGUACGUCGCCGUCCUGAACAACGGCCAGAUGUUCGGCCAGAUCACGGCGGCGAACUCCAUGAAAUGGGACGCGACCGAGCCAGAACAGGGCGUUUUCACCUUCACUCAGGGUGACCAGAUCGCCGCGCUCGCGCAACCCAUGGGGCGCCUACUUCGAGGGCAUAAUUGUGUCUGGCACUCGCAGCUUCCUAGCUGGGUCACAUCGAGCAACUUCAAUGCAGCGCAAUUGACGUCAGUGAUCCAGAACCACUGCGGUACGCUCGUAGGACACUACAAGGGGAAAACAUAUGCGUGGGAUGUCGUGAAUGAGCCAUUCAACGACGAUGGCACCUUCCAGAGCAACGUUUUCUUCAAUACCCUCGGCCAAAACUUCAUCCCCAUUGCGCUCAAGGCUGCUAGAGCCGCGGACCCGAAUGCAAAACUCUACAUCAAUGAGUUUAACAUCGAGGGAACUGGUGCCAAAGCGACCGCGAUGAAGAACCUCGUCAAGUCGCUCAAAGCGCAAGGCGUCCCGAUCGACGGCGUCGGCCUGCAGUCCCACUUCAUCGUCGGCGAAGUGCCGACGACGCUGGUGGAGAACAUGCGCGAGUUCACCGCGCUCGGGAUCGAGGUCGCGAUCACGGAACUCGACAUCCGUAUGACGCUGCCCGAGACCGCCGCGCUCCUCGAGCAGCAGCAGAAGGACUACCAGACGGUCGUUGCCGCGUGCCAGGCCGUACCGGGCUGCGUCGGGAUCACCCUCUGGGACUUCACGGACGAGUUCUCGUGGGUCCCGGGCACGUUCCCGAACAUGGGCGCCGCGUGCCCGUGGGAUGCCAACCUCGUCCGGAAGCCCGGCUUUGACGGCAUCGUCGCCGGCUUCUAA